AUGGGAAACUGUUUCGAGGGCUGUAUGUCAUAUUGUGACCGCCCGAAAAAUACCAAUAUAAGAUGGAGUCUACCUGCUGUUUGCUUCGUUUGGGAAACUGCCAUGAUAAUUCUCUUCGGUGUGUUCAUCCGAUAUGAUGAGGAAUCCGACGCUCAUUGGAUGGAACAUAGAAUUGCGCAUAAUAUUAGUAGUGAUAUAGAGAACGACUUCUACUUCAGAUAUCCAAGUUUUCAGGAUGUUCACGUCAUGAUCUUCGUGGGUUUUGGAUUUCUUAUGACCUUCUUGAAACGAUACAGUUUCAGUGCAGUGGGCUUCAACUUCCUCAUUGCAGCUUUUGGUCUCCAGUGGGCUCUCCUUAUGCAGGGCUGGUUUCACUCUCUGGACUACACCGAUGGCAAGAUUAAGAUUGGUGUGGAAAGUCUUAUUAAUGCAGACUUCUGUGUGGCGGGGUGUCUGAUUGCUUAUGGAGCUGUGCUUGGCAAGGUCAGCCCAGUUCAGCUAAUGGUGCUGACACUGUUUGGCAUUACACUGUUUGCCGUUGAAGAAUACAUCAUCCUCAACCUCAUCCAUGCAAGAGAUGCUGGGGGCUCUAUGGUUAUCCACACAUUUGGAGGAUAUUAUGGCCUUUCAAUCUCAUGGGUCCUCUAUCGACCGAAUUUAGAACAGAGCAAACGUCUCCAUGGAUCCGUUUACCACUCUGACGUUUUUGCCAUGAUUGGAACUCUGUUUCUCUGGAUGUUCUGGCCCAGUUUCAAUUCAGCUAUAACGGAUCAUGGAGACGGACAGCACCGCGCUGCUAUCAACACCUACCUCUGUCUGGCCUCCUGUGUCCUCACCACAUUUGCCAUUUCCAGCCUUUUUGAGAAGACGGGCAAAGUUGACAUGGUACACAUCCAGAAUUCUACACUAGCAGGGGGUGUUGCUGCCGGAACAGCAGCAGAAUUCAUGUUGACACCAUAUGGAUCUCUGAUCGUGGGUUUCUGCUGUGGUAUCAUCUCCACACUGGGUUACCUAUUUCUGACACCGUUUAUGGAGAAAAAGCUCAAAAUCCAGGACACUUGUGGCAUCCACAACCUCCAUGCCAUGCCAGGGGUCUUAGGUGGCAUUGUGGGUGCCAUUACUGCAGCUGCUGCCAGCGAGACAGUUUAUGGUGAACUGGGGUUGAGGAAUACGUUUGAUUUUGAUGGACCCUUUGAGGACCGGAUUCCAACUGUUCAAGGCGGGCACCAAGCAGCAGGGAUAUGCGUGGCUAUUUGCUUUGGAGUUGGGGGAGGUACUUUCGUUGGUUUCAUCCUGAAGCUACCUAUCUGGGGUGACGUUGCAGAUGAAAACUGUUUUGACGAUGAAUUCUACUGGGAGGUACCUGAGGAGGAAGAGAGCAUUCCACCAAUCCUGGAGUACAACAAUCACAUGAGGGUUAACAAGCAUUCCGAAAUUUGUAUGGCAGAAACCAACUUCUCUGUGGAACAGAGCUAG